AUGUCUGCCGCUACAAAGAAACCCCCGGCGGGUGGUGUUGGCCGAGUAUCUCAAACCGAUUCUUCUUCCUCAGCAAGCCCUUCUCCCUCACCGCGUCCUGGCUCCCGAUCAACUACUCCUACCAGCAACGGCCAUUCCCGAACUCGAUCGCUACGAACCAACGCACCUGUAUCUGCUCGUGCCGCUAUUGCCCGGAGAGAUACUCUCAGCGCCUCCGAUUCAGAUGCGCGAGCCGAAGCUGCUGCCGCCGUAGAGGACCUCCAGAAGCGUUUAGAAAAUGAAGAGAAGUCUUCACUUCAAUACAAGCGCCAGGCCGAGGUUCUUCAGUCCAAGCUUGACGAGGCGGUCAAGGAGUCGGCCAAGCUGGAGGAGAAGGCACAUGAAUAUGAAGAACAAAUCGAAACUUUGAGUAAUGAGAAGAGAGAGGUGACUCGUCAGAUGCGUGAGAUGGAAUCCAUUUACGAGUCGGAACGCAGCUCUAUUCUUAAGGAGAAAGAGGAGAUGGCGAACCGAGAGGAGGAGAUGCAGGCCAUGAUCCAGCGACUCAAGGAAAGUCUAGCUCAACGAAACAACAUUGUUGAGGACCCUCGUCCUUCCAGACAACACUCUGGUAAUUCAUCGCCAUCCCUUGAGAAUGGCAGCUUCGCACCCCCCUCCUCCAUACAGCGCAGCGACUCCCGAAAUAGCUCGAAACUUAUCCUUCAGAAAGACAAGCUUAUCGAAUCGCUACGACUGGAACUCGCCGAGGCUCAGAUCAAGUUGGUGGAGACGGAGAACCAGGGUGGCGGUCGACUACAUGAGGUCGAGCGACUCCUCAUGGAAGCACGCAUGGCCAACGCUCGACUUAUGGAGGACAAUGAGAGUUACCAGCUUCUUCUACAGGAGCGCACUCUCAAGGGAGACUUUGGGCAGAACGACUUCAGUUAUAUGGGCAGCAACUCUAACCAGGACGCCCUGGCUGCCCUGGAAGGCAAGGCAGGAGGCUCUAGUCUUGCUGAUGAGUUGUCUGAAGCAACUGAGGGCGAGUCUGUCUCUGAUGGCGACCGCCGUCUCGAAUCCGAACUCAGGUCUAUGAAGGAGCAGAACAAGGCGCUCACACUAUAUAUUAACAAGAUUAUUGAGCGUCUUCUUCAGCACCAGGACUUUGAGUCGAUCCUUGACACGUCCGGCGAUUUGAAAAGUCUCCCAGAUACCAAUAAGGAACUUCCGCCUGCCCCCGUCGACAAGCAGCAGCAGCCGCAGCAACAGCAGCAGCAGCUAUCUGGAACUAUUCUCCAGCGAGCCAAAUCUAUGGCCCCCGGUCCUACCAAACCAAGGCCCAGGCCAAUUUCAGUCAUGCAGCCCUCCACCUCCUCAGACCACACCGAUCCCGACAAGGCGCCUAGCAUUCCCAUCGGCUUAUCCAGAUCAACAAGCACGCGGCGGAGUCCACGGCCACACUCUGACCAAUUUACCGGGGCUGCCAGCCUGGUCAGCCAGAUGUAUCGGGGGCCAGACGGCCCCGUCUCUCCACCACUUGGGACUCCACGGCAUUCCCAAACCUUCUUCUCGCCCCCCAACAACUCGGGUAACCCUAACGCGGCCGCCCGGGUGCCUUCCGGAGCAUCGGUGGCCACCAGCGGCAACUUUCCUGGGAUGCGGAGUGAGACGUCAAGCUUGAGCGGAGAGUCUGGUGAAUUGUCCAUGUCGACACCGCCGUCGCAGUCGCCGCCCCGAGCCCAUUCUGAUAGGCACACAACGUCGUUCGCGGGAGGCAAGCCACGGCCACUUCGACUGGUCCAGGAGAACCCUGAUGCCGUCAAGGAGAACAAGAGAGCCAGCUGGUACUCGCCAUUCACCUGGGGCGCCAAGAAGGAAGAGCAGCGGGUGCCUUCAGGCAACCCCAUUCCCGAGUAG